CUGCCGUGUAGAGCACACCGCCAGCAACGCAGACGUGACCGCACGGUGCCCUCCACGUCUACAUCACCACGGGUACGCGAUGGCUGAUGGUACCAUCGUUCGGCAGAAGAAGGAUGGUGGUGGUGGUGCCGCCCAGUCGCUGAUUCGCAAGCUCACAACGGAGAAAGCCGUCAAAGCCCAUCGCCAGCAAACACAGCAGACGUCUGCCACGGAGCACGACAUCACGAACGUUAAGCUCACCUCGAGGGGUAUCAAGACCAUAGAGAGCCUUGAACUACCUUCCCUGAGGCGACUAGACCUGUCCAAGAACAGCUUGAACCGGCUCAAGGGUCUGCAAGGAUGCCCGCAGGUCACGUAUCUCACCGCAGCUGGCAACGAGCUGACAGGCGACGGCCUGGACGGAGUGCGGCCGCUCAAGGACCUGAAGGUGUUCAACGCCUCGGGAAAUCGCGUGCGGCGCAUUCCCCCCGCGGUGUUCGCCCAGUUUCGACAGUUGCAGGCGCUGGUGCUAAGCGACAACGAGAUCUCCGAGGUCCCGCCGACGUGGCUGAAGAAGGGACUCCUUUCCCUAAACACGCUUGUGCUUAGCCACAACAAGCUCAAGUCCCUGUCGGGGACCGGGCUCGGCCGCCUGACGGCGCUCACGAAGCUCUCCAUCUCCUACAACACUCUCGUCGAGCUGCCCGACCUCUCGGCAUGCAGCGGGCUUGAAGAGCUCCGAGCGGCGCACAACAUCGUCACUCAGGUCCCCGCGUCCCUGAGCAAGAACGCCGCCUUGCGCACGCUCGAUCUCGGCCACAACAACAUCGACGACUGGGUCGGGCUGGAGCGCCUGGGGGAGUCCCUCAAGUCUCUCAUGCAGCUCUCGCUGUCCGGAAACCCGAUCUGCGGCGCAGCCGCCGCUGCCGAAAAGAGGGGAACAGGGGAAGAAGAUGGAGAGGAAGAUUAUGUGGCAAAGGUCCGGUCUCUGUUUCCGGGCCUCAAGGUGAGAGACGGCAAACGGAUCCUGAUGAAGAAGUCCCACACCUAUUACGAGCAGCGCGGGGGCGAGCAAGGCACCGGCGCCGGCGCCGGCGCCGGCGGAGGUAGGAAAGACUCGGCGAUGCGCGGAGCAACGCCGGGGUCCGGUGGGAAGAGAGCCCCAGGCAGCGGGAAAAUGGCACGGGCCGUCAAGGGUGAUGGGGUCGAUGGAGGAGGGAGUGUCAAGUCCGGCGAUCGUGAAGGAGGUCAGCUCAUCUCCGGUGAACCGAAGGGAGAAAGCUCGAGGCCCAAGGAGAUGCGCGUUGGCCAGCAGGGGGAGGGUUCAGGAGAGCCAUCUGCGAACAUGGACGAGGAAGGUGCGGGAACGAGCAAGGAAGAACGGACACGAAAGAGGAAGGCCGCUCGAAAGGCUGCAGUGGAGGAAGCACAGACAGAGGCGGCGGCUGCGAUCACGAAUAAGCAGGGCAGAAAAACUAAAAAACGUCCAAGACGGGAAGAGGAGGAAGAGGGGAAAGAGCGUUUGGGUUCUUCGCCCGUCGAAGAGGCCUCGGCCGCGGCUCCUUCCAAGAGUGCCGACAAUCUUACCAAGAAGCAGCGGCGUCGCCGGCGUGAGGAAGGCACAACAGCAGUUGAGACGAUCGCGGCAGCAGGUGCCGCCACCACGGUAGUGAGCAAGAAAAAAAAGAAGACGGCAACGUCCGGCGGCGGGGGUGGUCGCGCCCAACAGCAGGAAGACCCCUACUCUUCCUCCGAAGAACUCCCGAUUCCUGGGAGAGGGGACGGCGGCGAUAGCCUGGCGGUGGAAGCCCCGACCGCGAAACGGACAGCAGAUGCCGCGGUCCCAGUCCGAGAAUCAGGGGUGGUGAGCGUGGUGAUCAACACGAAGCGGAAGGGUGCGAAGACGAAGGCGCGGCAAGACAGCGGCGCUGCUGGCAGGCCGGGAGGUGGAGGGGGGGGGGGGGAUUUCAGCAUUGGCGCAAUGCUUGAGGCUCGCGCGUGGGACUAA